AUGCCCCGCUCCUUCCUGGUGAAGAGCAAGAAGGCUCACACCUACCACCAGCCCCGCGUCCAGGACAAUGAACCCUUCUGGCCGCCCGUCCUGAGCCCGGUGGCCAGCGACCAGGUCCCGAGCAGCCACCCUGCCCUCGGCACCCUGCUCCCGGGCCCGCACCUGGACUGGCCCGACCUCAAACGGGAGCCAGCGCUGGAGCUGGACCAGAGCUGGACCAGGAUGGCCUCUGCACCAGAGGGUCCUGCCGGGACGUCCCAACCCCCGGACAGGGACUCGCCAGCCUCCAGCUCCCCGCCGCUCUAUAAGCCCAGCUUCUGCUGGGACGCCCUGGCCUCAGCCUACAACCACAGCUACCGGCAGGCCCCCUCCACCAUGCAGUCCGCCUUCCUGGAGCGCUCCGUCAGCCUGUACGGCAGCCCCCUGGUGCCCAGCGCCGAGCCGCCCCUGGACUUCAGCCUGCGCUACUCGCCGGGCCUGGACGCGUACCACUGCGUCAAGUGCAACAAGGUCUUCUCCACCCCACACGGGCUGGAGGUGCACGCCCGGCGCUCCCACAGCGGCACCCGGCCCUUCGCCUGUGACGUCUGCGGCAAGACCUUCGGCCACGUGGUCAGCCUGGAGCAGCACACGCACAUCCACUCGCAGGGGAUCCCGGCCGGGUCCAGUCCUGCGCCGGCGCCUGACCCCCCAGGGCCUCGUUUCCCCCGGCAGGAGCGCAGCUUCGAGUGCCAGAUGUGCGGCAAAGCCUUCAAGCGCUCGUCCACGCUGUCCACCCACCUGCUCAUCCACUCGGACACGCGGCCCUACCCCUGCCAGUUCUGCGGCAAGCGCUUCCACCAGAAGUCGGACAUGAAGAAGCACACCUACAUCCACACGGGUGAGAAGCCACACAAGUGCCAGGUGUGCGGCAAGGCCUUCAGCCAGAGCUCCAACCUCAUCACCCACAGCCGGAAGCACACGGGCUUCAAGCCCUUCAGCUGCGAGCUCUGCACCAAGGGCUUCCAGCGCAAGGUGGACCUGCGGCGGCACCGCGAGAGCCAGCACAACCUCAAGUGA